UUAACGCUCAUAUCUCCACGCUCUUCUUUAUUCGUGACAGUUUGAUUGCAUCAAAGAGAGAUAAUCACGAACACAAAAAGAAAAUUCCCUUUCUGUGUUAUUUGACGGAGUUCGUGAAACAUUCUUUAGUGAAAAAAGGUAAAAAAAAAAUCCAUUUCGGGGACAAUAAGGGGGCAUCAUCAUCGAUGUCUAUCAAAGCUCCUGGAAUUCCAAGAGUCUCAGUGUCAGAUGAGAACGAUCAAAGCCAUCGAGAAAUGGGUUCUAACCUUCAGACCACAAAGAAAUUUAUCCCACAGCAUUACAUGUCCCGAACCAUAUCUGCAGCUAGCAAGGUCGCUGUCCCCAGAAAGAAAAUCUUAGGCGAAAGGAAUGCAGCCCCGGAAUCGAUGUUCUCCGAUUCCCAUAUCCAAAAGACCUCGAUUUUUGAAUAAAAAAUCACUUUUGUGAACCCCGGAACCGAUAUUUCCGAUGUAUCAUCGCCGCAGGGGUUUGAAUCUGAUGACAAUGGGGAGAAUGCUCUUGUUGCUGAUGUUUCUUUGCGACCCUAUGAUCCGCUAACUAAUUUUCUUUCUCCACGACCUAAAUUUCGCCGGUACAUGCCGAAUAGGCGCCGUGAGAUUUUUCUUCGUUGAGAAAAAGAGAUCACAGGAGGAAAAUAUGGGACGUAUAUUAGUACAAGUGGUUCUUUUGAAUUUGGGAAAGCUAGUGAGGAGGAAUCUGACUCGGUUUGUGGUCGUGGCUCUUUGCCUUCAUCUCGCGAAGGAUCUUUACAGCAAGAAGACGAAAAUUGAGGAGGUAGAGGAGGAGAGAGGUAGGAGCUUGAAAAGGGUGCUGGAGUUUUUAGCUUGGUCUUUUCUUUUCGUUCUUUCUACCUUUUAUAUAUCUUCAAUGAAUUCUCCAGCAACUUCACCUUUUGAGGGUCUUAAUAAAGGUGGGUACCUUAAGAUUUUAAACCAUACGUCGGAAGCUUUAUUGGCUAUGAGACUUGAAAGUGGAAGUGACAUUUGGGAUCAGGCAGAAGACAUACAAUUGGAUUUGGUUCGUGGAUACCAGAGAGAUAGGAUUGAGGAACAAAAAAUGGUUGAAGAUGUGAAAAUAGGAGUAGACAUUGCUGAGGAGCUCAAUGAAGUAAUAUAUCUAAAGGGUGCAAAAUGUAAAGCUUUAGAGGUAGUUGAAGAUAGAAAGAAGGGAACAGUUGAUGAGUUGCGUGAAAUGACAGAGCCACAAGCUGCAGAUAUUGACGAAGAUCGUGACCAUGAAAUGGUGAAGAUAAAGGGGUUUUUCUGACAUGGUGAUUGAUAAUUCUGAGUUACAAAUUGGUAAAGAACUAUACAAAAGUUUGAGACUUUGCAGGAUUAUCAGGCACAAUCCACGUUUGAUGGAGAGGAUCGCCAAAUCAUAGAAUCCGAUAUUGCAAAUAUUCUUGAAGAAG